AUGACCGAGGAAAAUGAUUGUUGCAGCACAGUGAAUAUGGCAAACACUUCAGAAAGUAAUGAUGUAUCUGUGACUCAAACCGAACCGGAAAGAAAAUUCAUCGAUGGAAAAUGGUUUUGCGAGGAUGGUAACGGUGGUUUUUUAGUGUUUGAGGAGAAUGAAUGGAUCGCAGUUAAUGGCGAUGAUUUGAAGAAAAAAUGGGAUACGGCUGGUAUGAUUAGCGAGAUGAGUGGUAAUCCGUAUCGGUGUGUUGUUGAUGGUAUUACUAUGGAGUGGAAUCAGAUCAGUCAACAGUGGUUACCAACAGUAGAAGUAAACGAAGACUUUUUGGCCCAGUAUCACAGUAAUUACGGUAUCAAAUAUGAUUUUGGCGAAAAAGAAGGAUCAAGCAUGGAAGGAAGAAAUGAAAAAUCUGAAAGUCAUAAACCUGUGAAGCACAAAUUGCAGGACAAAAAGGAACAGCAAGGUUGGGUAGAACUUGAAGAAGAAAAGAAUACUUCAGUCUAUGUUUCAAAUCUGCCAUUCAGUAUAACUGAAGAGUCAUUUACUAAAGAAUCAGUCAUCAUGGCCUUGGAUAUUCUCGAUGGCUGGAAUGUGGAUGGAAAAAUUAUCUCAGUCGAGAAAGCGAAGUUUCAAAUGAAAGGAGAAUUCGACCCAUCAAAAAAGAAAAAGAAGCUCACAGCAGCUCAGAAGAAGCGUUUUAUUGAAAAUCAGGAGAGAAUUUUCGAGUGGAAACCGGAAAAACCACGAAACUAUCGUCCAAUCAGUGACUGCACAAUUGUUUUGAAAAACAUGUUCACAUUAGAGCAAAUGAUGAAGAACGCAACUUUAUUGCUGGAUUUGGAAGAAGAGGUUAGAAAAGUUUGCGAGAGAUUUGGAACUGUCAAAAAAGUCGUCGUUCAUGAUAAUAAUCCAGAAGGUGUAAUUUGUGUUACAUUCCAAAAUGUCGAGCAUUCGGAUACAGCUGUGCGUUCACUCAAUGGUCGCAUAGUAGAUGGUCGACAAAUUUCAGUAUCAUUGUGGGAUGGAAAGACGAAAUACACAGUGUAA